CAAUUAAUGAUUAAAACAUGGGACUUGAAACUAAAUCAUGACAGUUACACUUCAUUAGUUAUCACAUCGCCCAAACAGAUACUAAAUCAUGACUGUAACUUUUACAGGUAUGAUUGGUUGACAAAUAAGACUCUUCGAACUGAUUACUUUGUGUGGGCAAUGACAGCUUAUGGUGCAGGUCUCCUGGUCACCUAUGUGGCUUUGAACUUGAUGAAUGGACAUGGCCAACCUGCUUUGUUAUACAUAGUUCCAUUCACACUUGGUACCUUUUUAACCUUGGGACAGAUGAGAGGUGACCUCAAAGUUAUGUGGACAAGAGGAGAACCAGAGAGGCCUUGCUCGCAUGUGCGACUCCAAUCCUCUCACUCUCAAUAGAAGAAUCUGGAUAAAGUAAUUGUGUGA